GUUUUCCAGUUGUCUUGGUGGUUGACGUUUUUUUCUGUUGUCUUAAUGGUUGAGGGUUUUACAGUUGUUGGUUUUUCAGUUGUCUUCAGUGUUGUGGGUUGUGCAGAUGUAGGUUUUCCAGUUGUCUUGGUGGUUGAUGUUUUUUCUGUUUUCUUAAUGGUUGAGGGUAGUACAGUUGUUGGUUUUUCAGUUGUCUUCAAGGUUGUGGGCUGUACAGUUGUGGGUUUUGCAGAUGUUGGUUUUCCAGUUGUCUUGGUGGUUGACGUUUUUUCUGUUGUCUUAAUGGUUGAGGGUUUUACAGUUGUUGGUUUUCCAGUUGUCUUGGUGGUUGACGUUUUUUUUGUUGUCUUAGUGGUUGAGGGUUUUACAGUUGUUGGUUUUUCAGUUGUCUUCAAGGUUGUGGGCUGUACAGUUGUGGGUUUUGCAGAUGUUGGUUUUCCAGUUGUCUUGGUGGUUGACGUUUUUUCUGUUGUCUUAAUGGUUGAGGGUUUUACAGUUGUUGGUUUUCCAGUUGUCUUGGUGGUUGACGUUUUUUUUGUUGUCUUAGUGGUUGAGGGUAGUACAGUUGUUGGUUUUUCAGUUGUCUUCAAGGUUGUGGGCUGUACAGUUGUGGGUUUUGCAGAUGUUGGUUUUCCAGUUGUCUUGGUGGUUGACGUUUUUUCUGUUGUCUUAAUGGUUGAGGGUUGUGCAGAUGUAGGUUUUCCAGUUGUCUUGGUGGUUGACAUUUUUUUUGUUGUCUUAGUGGUUGAGGGUAGUACAGUUGUUGGUUUUUCAGUUGUCUUCAAGGUUGUGGGCUGUACAGUUGUGGGUUUUGCAGAUGUUGGUUUUCCAGUUGUCUUGGUGGUUGACGUUUUUUCUGUUGUCUUAAUGGUUGAGGGUUUUACAGUUGUUGGUUUUUCAGUUGUCUUCAAGGUUGUGGGCUGUACAGUUGUGGGUUUUGCAGAUGUUGGUUUUCCAGUUGUCUUGGUGGUUGACGUUUUUUCUGUUGUCUUAAUGGUUGAGGGUUGUACAGUUGUUGGUUUUCCAGUUGUCUUGGUAGUUGAUGUUUUUUCUGUUGUCUUAAUGGUUGAGGGUUUUACAGUUGUUGGUUUUUCAGUUGUCUUCAGUGUUGUGGGUUGUGCAGAUGUAGGUUUUCCAGUUGUCUUGGUGGUUGAUGUUUUUUCUGUUGUCUUAAUGGUUGAGGGUUUUACAGUUGUUGGUUUUUCAGUUGUCUUCAGUGUUGUGGGUUGUGCAGAUGUAGGUUUUCCAGUUGUCUUGGUGGUUGAUGUUUUUUCUGUUGUCUUAAUGGUUGAGGGUUUUACAGUUGUUGGUUUUUCAGUUGUCUUCAGUGUUGUGGGUUGUGCAGAUGUUGGUUUUCCAGUUGUCUUGGUGGUUGACGUUUUUUCUGUUGUCUUAAUGGUUGAGGGUUUUACAGUUGUUGGUUUUCCAGUUGUCUUGGUGGUUGAUGUUUUUUCUGUUUUCUUAAUGGUUGAGGGUAGUACAGUUGUUGGUUUUUCAGUUGUCUUCAAGGUUGUGGGCUGUACAGUUGUGGGUUUUGCAGAUGUUGGUUUUCCAGUUGUCUUGGUGGUUGACGUUUUUUCUGUUGUCUUAAUGGUUGAGGGUUUUACAGUUGUUGGUUUUCCAGUUGUCUUGGUGGUUGACGUUUUUUUUUGUUGUCUUAGUGGUUGAGGGUUUUACAGUUGUUGGUUUUUCAGUUGUCUUCAAGGUUGUGGGCUGUACAGUUGUGGGUUUUGCAGAUGUUGGUUUUCCAGUUGUCUUGGUGGUUGACGUUUUUUCUGUUGUCUUAAUGGUUGAGGGUUUUACAGUUGUUGGUUUUCCAGUUGUCUUGGUGGUUGACGUUUUUUUUGUUGUCUUAGUGGUUGAGGGUAGUACAGUUGUUGGUUUUUCAGUUGUCUUCAAGGUUGUGGGCUGUACAGUUGUGGGUUUUGCAGAUGUUGGUUUUCCAGUUGUCUUGGUGGUUGACGUUUUUUCUGUUGUCUUAAUGGUUGAGGGUUUUACAGUUGUUGGUUUUUCAGUUGUCUUCAAGGUUGUGGGCUGUACAGUUGUGGGUUUUGCAGAUGUUGGUUUUCCAGUUGUCUUGGUGGUUGACGUUUUUUCUGUUGUCUUAAUGGUUGAGGGUUUUACAGUUGUUGGUUUUCCAGUUGUCUUGGUGGUUGACGUUUUUUUUGUUGUCUUAGUGGUUGAGGGUUUUACAGUUGUUGGUUUUUCAGUUAUCUUCAAGGUUGUGGGCUGUACAGUUGUGGGUUUUGCAGAUGUUGGUUUUCCAGUUGUCUUGGUGGUUGACGUUUUUUCUGUUGUCUUAAUGGUUGAGGGUUGUACAGUUGUUGGUUUUCCAGUUGUCUUGGUGGUUGAUGUUUUUUCUGUUCUCUUAAU